UCCGCCUUCGGGAACCGUUACGCUGGUGACCGACUCACUCGUACGCAGCGCCGCCGCCGCCGACGCCGCCCCUCUCGCAAUGGCGAGGCCGUCGCGCCAAACCCUGGGCCUCACCUCCCUCCGCCGCCUCGAUGUCAUCUCGAGGUCGCCUCCUCCGCCCGCUUCGGUGCUCCGGAGAGCCGCGGCCGUCGCGCUGCCCUGCGCCGUGCUGUACCGAGCCGUCCUGUCGCACUGGAAUGCGCCUCCGCCGGUGCAGAACGACCGGUAUCGACGGCUCUGGCGGGAUUUGGAUCCGCCGCGCGCUCCAGUUAUGGUCCCCGGGGAGUACGGCGACCUCGACCCCAUCUCCGCCAACGAUCCGGAGCAGGAUCUAAGGAUGAGGUUCUGGAGGCCUGCUCUCCCGGACGGCUGUGCACGCAGUCGCGAGGAUGUGAAAGCCUGGAAGCAACACAACAAAAGGGACUUGGCAUUAACGAGAGAGACAUAGAGCAAGUUCCGGAGAGGUUUUUCUAUAACUGGACUGCCAUGGUGUGGAAGAAGUCUUUGGGAAACAAAGAACUGUCAAGCAUGCAUAUGCUUAUUGACACGUAGGCUCAGAGCUGGUGCACCAAGCAAAAAAUUUAAUCUUCCACCAAACCACAGUCUAACUAUAUCUCGAUACACAAAGUGCUUGAACCACUUAUCUUCUCAAUCACCUUAUGGAUGGUAGAAGAGCAGCCCUUGUAAAGAGGUUUAACUCCCUCCCUACUAGCAAUGUGGCAUUGAACUCCUUGUACAUGCCAUGCAAUUCGCAAAUGGGCAUUUGAGAUUCUUCAGGAUUUGAUAGAUCAAAUGUGCCUUUGCCCAUAAAAUCCAACAAUAGGAUGUUCUUAUAGGGAUUUUUCUUUGAGGCCAUUUAGUUUAAUUUGAUGGGCAGCAAAUGGUCAUGAUUCACGAAUGCAUGAUUUGGUUGUUAAAAUCUUCAGACCUUAAGAAGUGGGUGAAUACGAUUAA